UCCAGUCGUGAAUCAAAUAUGAUUAAAACCAUUUUUUGGUUGUUGUUCCAGAUAAAUGACGCGGUAGCGUCUACAAGCGAAGACUCCGCUCCGAAAGACGAAUCGAAUGGCCAAAUUACGGUCACUUUAGCGGAUAAGGAAUUGGGGACGAAUGCUUUUUCCACCAAACUUAGCAACGGUACGAUUCCCAAGGGAUUAGGAAAAGAGGCGGACAUCCGAGUGGAAAACAUCUCGCAGCAGCGAAAAGACGAUUUGGAAAAGCAACAUAGUUACGAAGAGGCGAAUCUCUUGCAACCGGUACAGAGCGGAAGAAUCGGGGAACGUCGCGCGAGCAGCCCUUUCCAAAAUGGUCGGACAGAAGUGUUGAUUGGCGAACCGGAGGGCGGCCCGAGGUCGCCGCGGGGAUCGACAUCUUCAGCGGUGAACGAUGCUAAUUUCCUGAAUCCACCGGACGAGCGAGACGAACCAAUUUGCAGGUCCCGAAGGCGUAGCGGUAGUGGCGUGACGGACAUACACUCUCAGCAACAGCAACAGCAACUGCAGUUGCAAGAGAACAACAACAGCAGCUCGCGCGACGCGAAGAAGCCGCAGGAGGGACUGGGGCCCGAUGAGAUGUGGGCCCCUGGCGCCCUGGGCCAUCACCGGGAGUUACCUGUUGAUGUGCCCGACACCCUCCUACAGAAGGCCUAUCCCAACAAGGCCAGUCUCAACGGGGUCAAGCCUGCCAUCCCGCCCCGCGAUCAGAAGAAGGCACCUGCCAGACCGCCGAAAGAUAAUCUACGCUUCUCUACGCAAAACAAUAAUGUUGAGACGAGCGAUAACGCCGAACCGACGCAGCAGCAGCUCCAUUCUAUCAGGAAAUAUCAGGAGCAAUUACGGAAACGAAAGGAUGAGGAGGAGAGACAAGAAAUGCUCAGCCAUUCUCUCCGUGGUUCUAAAAAGCUCCAAGCUUUGGAGAGCCACGCGACGAGCCUCAGCGGCCAGGAAAAUCUUGCUUACGCACAGGACGAGGUGACCACCGGCGUCAGCCGAGUCACGCACGCCACUUCUAAUGCGCUCCAAGAAGUGGAUGAACCUCCCAGACCCCUCACAUACGGCGAGGUCGUUGCUACGCUGGAGAGGCUGCAGCUACAGCUGCGGAAUAUUUCAGGUGCUCUUGGUAUUUCGGGUUCAGGUGUCGAAGCCGAGCUCGAGGCAGUCCGGACACUUCUGGUGCAGAAUCGAUUUGCGUCCGCCUUGGCAACUCGUCACGCUUUAAAAAAUCGACUGAGGGCGAGCAAGAUUUUCAAACAUCAUGUCGAGGACGCAUCGAGUCUAGCGCGAGAUUGCGUCGAUAUCCUAGAAAAAUGGCAAUCAUCGUCAACUGCAACAGGUGUUGGCGGAGCAGAAACAAUAGCCGCUGUGGAGGAAUUAACGAGUAUUCUAACAAGUUACGACAUGGAAGCUCUGCUUCUGGCGCAUGACUCCAUCGUUUCGUAUGUGGAAGGCUUACAAAGGAAGCAGAGCCCAUCGUCCUCGCCACCCAGCGGCCCGCCUAGUCCGACGUCUAGCUGGAAAGAUUCCCGAGUAGUUGACAACAUUAAAAUCAUUCGAAUUGAAAAGACUAACGAACCUCUGGGUGCUACCGUUAGGAACGAGGGAGAUGCAGUAAUCAUAGGACGUGUCGUACGCGGUGGUGCGGCGGAUAAGUCGGGACUUCUGCACGAGGGCGACGAAGUUCUCGAAGUGAAUGGAGUGGAAAUGCGCGGUAAGACCGUCAAUGAGGUCUGCGACAUUCUCGCUGGUAUGCAGGGUAGUCUCACGUUCUUGGUACUUCCGGCUCCGACAAGCCACAGAAAUAAUUUAAGGAGAGAAGACACGACACAGAUACAUAUACGAGCGCAUUUCGAUUACGAUCCUGAGGAAGACCCAUACAUACCGUGCCGAGAGUUGGGCAUGAGUUUUCAAAAGGGUGAUAUACUCCACGUAAUUUCCCAAGAGGAUCCUAACUGGUGGCAAGCGUAUCGAGAAGGCGAGGAGGACCAGACUCUGGCUGGUCUGAUACCGAGUCGAGCGUUUCAACAUCAGCGAGAAUCCAUGAAACAGACGAUAGCUGGCGACAAGUCGACGGUGCGAGGUUCGAAAAAGUCCAGCACGUUACUAUGCGCGAGAAAAAAUCCAAAGAAGAAAAAACGAAACAAGUUCGGUGCAAAUUUCAACGAUGAUGGGUAUCCACUUUAUGCGACAACUGCCAUAGACGAUUAUGACAGCGAGGAAGUGCUAACCUACGAAGAAGUCGCCUUAUAUUAUCCUCGUGCAAAUCACAAAAGGCCAAUUGUACUCAUCGGACCACCUAAUAUUGGACGACACGAACUCAGACAAAGAUUGAUGCAAGAUAGCGAACGUUUCGCCGCGGCAAUUCCUCAUACAAGUCGUCCGAAAAAGGGUUCUGAGGUCGAUGGCCAGGACUACCACUUUAUUUCUCGUGCUCAGUUCGAAUCCGAUAUUCUCUGUCGGAAGUUUGUCGAGCACGGCGAGUACGAAAAAGCAUACUAUGGCACGUCUGUAGAGGCCAUCAGAACAGUGGUUAAUUCCGGGAAAAUCUGUGUGUUAAACCUGCAUCCUCAGAGCCUCAAGAUCCUGCGAAAUUCGGAUCUAAAGCCAUACGUUGUAUUUAUCGCACCUCCGAGCCUUGAGAAGCUGAAGCAGAAGAGGAUUAAGAACAACGAGAGUUUUAAGGAAGAGGAAUUGAAGGAUAUAAUCGAGAAAGCGCGUGAGAUGGAGGAUAAGUAUAGCCACCUGUUCGACAUGCUUAUCCUCAAUAACGAUACAGAUCGGGCGUAUAAUCAGCUUCUCACGGAGAUCAAUUCGCUCGAGAGGGAACCUCAGUGGGUGCCUGCGUCUUGGGUUCAGUAAUUAAGUUCAGUUUUAAUCGCUGCGCUUAGGACGAGCGUUUUUACAUGUGUCUCAACGAUGGGGACGGCGAUCGGAGGCCAGUAUUGCGGUAACUGUUUGCAAGAGAAAUUCGCUUUCACGCGAUUUUCCAAGCUUUGAAGAAAGUCUGAUAGAAAUUCGGAGAGAACUGAUUCUUCUACAGGUGCCUGUUACAUAGUUUUAUGUUUCUUACGCAAAUCAUAAAUCUUCCCCGGUUACUGUAUUGCAAAUACUACCCGCCUGACAGAGUCUUCCGCGUGUGUUGUCGUACUUUGGUGCCAUGAAAAUGAUGGAGAAUUAUCAGAAGCGAUCUUUAAGGAAGAAGAAAGAAAAGGAAAAUGAGAGAAAGAAAAAGAAUGAAUAUCCUGCUAAAAUUUCUCACAUCUGCGAUGGACUAUUCCUCGACGUAGAUUUUUGCGUUUGGUAUAGAAGGAGAAAAAGUAUACGGUGUUUAUAUAUCAUCGUCAUAGUAACAGCGAAAGCGUUUUCAAGGCUCGAUUGCAUCAACGAUGUCUUAAAUUUAAGUGAAUAUAGAAUCAAAUUGCGCGACGAUAAUCGGCCGAAUUUUUAAAUUUAAGUUACGCUUGAAUUUCAAACAGAGUUGCUGCAGUCUAGCCUAAUUUUGGUGUCCCGAGAUAAUCACGACUGAAAUACAUUCGUAACGUCGAGAGUUUCUGAGAUAUUUGCGGUUAUAUUCUCAUGACUGACGAACGAUUAAAUUAUUGUAUAGAUGCGCAAAUGUAUAAAAGUAUUAUCUUCUCGGUGCGCCAACGCACAUCUGCCGAGCGUUUUGCUCUUUCUAUAUAUUAGCCCGUUCUACGUGAGGAAAUGUACCUGAUCUGAUGUCUCCUAAGAGUGAAAAAUUUCUAACAGAGGCACGUGAGAACACCAUGCGAUUUUCUAUGAUCGCGCAUAUACGUUUUGAUAAAUUUUGAUAAGUGGAGCUUCCAGCCAGUCUUUUUUAAAAGACUCCCAUUCGACAUAGCACGUAUGAAUGUAUUAACGUAAUUGCACAUUACGAAAUCCGCAUGAUAUAAUUAAUUAAUUCUCUUUACCGCGAAUAAGUCAUACAUCACGUGACACGCGCGCGCGCGCCACACACACACACACACACACACACACACACACACACACACACACACACACACACAACAAUAUCUUCGCACAUGAUCAUAGAGAGUCGCAGUUUUUUUCACAUUGAAAUUUCAGUUAGAGAUUUUCGAUUCCGCUAUUCUAACCAAGUGAAAGCUAUUAUUGUAAAGAGAGAAAGAGGAAUUUCAAAAUGACGAUCCCACAAACAUAACGAUUCUGCCUGCUGUUUCUUCGAAUGCAAGAGGAAACGUCUGCAAUCUUGAAGAAGGCGAAAACUCGCUAAUGCGUUUUACCAGUUCGCCCUAGACAAUUUCGUGUUUGUUUAGAAAGCGUCGAACUCAUGUUUCGAACCUGUAGAUUCGCAAUAGGCUUAGGCUCAACUGUUCGGUAUACAAGCUUUCGGAAAUUUCGCAUAAAACUAUUGUUUCUCCUGAGUGUUUUUUUUACAGGAAGCUAUUAUUAUGCUAUACGAUCGAAUAAGGUAAAAGGUGUUUAUCUGUGUCAUUGUACCGCUACGAAUAAGGAUCGAUGCGAAAUAGAAAAAAAGGAUGUAGUA